AGCUCGAAGCCACGCUGUAAUGGUGGCGCCUUCUUGAGUCACCACGUAUAGCGCCUGAACCUAAAAAGCCUCCAUCUUUUAUCUGCAGUAACCCCUCUCCCUUCUGAUCAUCGCGCUCUCCCUCCCUCCCUAAAUCCUUCGCCACAUGGAUCUCCACGACUGGGAAUUCCUCUCUGAUGAUCCCUGCUUUGAGCUCAAUCAGAGUCUCGACAAGAGAAUUAUCUCUCAAGACAAGCGAAAUUCCGAUUCCAAGAAUUCCCUCGAUUCCGAUUACAUUCUAUGCCCUUCCCCAAAUGCUCGGAAGAUCACACAGCCUGAUCGGGUCGAUCCUGUUCCCAUUCCUCGGGAAUCCAAGAUUGCCAACGCCAUCGAGGUUCAGAAAGUGAAAGGAAUCGGUAAGAACCCCGAUGAAGUGAAAGCCGAGCAACACGCAGCUCCACUCUCACAGGUUUCCUUCGAAACGAAGGAAAAUGAAUUCGUCGACAAUACAAAAAACCCAGUUAACAGGGAAGCUUCGAGAUUUGAGACAGAAAUGGCUGAAGGUUACAAGGAGGAAGACAAGAACAAUGGAUUUAACUUGUGGAAAUGGAGCCUCACAGGGGUGGGAGCUAUCUGUACUUUCGGUGUUACUGCUGCUACAAUCUGUGCUCUGUUCCUUGGAACCCAACAAAAGAACAAACCCCAUGCCAACCAAAAGAACGUCUUCAAGUUCUACACUGAUGACAAGAGGAUUAAGCGAGUGGUGGAGCAGGCGACCAAAUGGAACGAAGCAAUUUCUGGUUCCGUGAGAGGUGGCCCUAUUGCCAGAGCUCACAUUACCUAUGGGGCUUACCCCGAUGGCCUCUUAAGCAUUGAUUAAGUGCCUUCAUGAAAUUUACUACUUCUAAUAGUAUGCUUUUCUUUCUCAUGGGUUUUGCCGUUUUUGUUUGUAUAUUCCUGGGGGAUGCUCUUGUUUGUCAGUUAUCACUUGUCACUCCUGGUUACUGGUUUAGCUUUGUAAAUUAAGUGCCUGAUCACGAACUCUUGGCUAUUUGAUCUGGCAUAUCAUCUAUAAAGUUUGAAUUUUCUGUUUGUUUAGAAGGUUCCCAAAGGAUCCUCAGAGGUAUCAGUUAUCAUAAAGAAUUGAUUUUUAAUAA